AUGAGGUUUCCGAGUAUUCUCUCUCCUUUCGAGGAGCUCGUUAGCGACGAGACGCAGAAUCUGGCGUCCACCAGAGACGAACAGAUUACGAAUGAGGCGUAUCGUCCAUUGGGCGAGGCAGAGGUCUCACCGGCCGAGAUAUCAGUCGUUACUCCUGCGACCACCAGUGCCCUCGCUGCCAGAUCGCCACCGGGUUCGCCUGGUCAUGCACUGCAGAGGAACCAAGCGCGGCACCUUCUUCUAUGCGCCCUCGAAAGGGAGGAUAGGAACAUGAGUCUUCCAAUUGCUCGUCUCCCUACCGAGGUCAUGCGUUACAUCUUUCAGUCUGACGCGGACGACCAUCGGAUGAGCCCUGGCGAGCGACUUGAGGUCGAUAAGACUUGGCUCAGAUUGGGAAAUGUGUGCCGGCUUUGGCGUCGCAUUGUCUUUUCAAUGCCAGAGAUAUGGGCGGACGACCUCUUCGCCUUCGGCAAGGAUCGGUGGAUGCGCGCCCUACCCUUAACGAAAGGUGCUCCUCUCGAUGUGGACCUUUUGUGGGGCUGCUCUUUGAAGGAUGUAGGCUCAGAUCAGGAUGCGCUUUCCAUCGUCUCGCGGGCCUGGAGGAUCAGCACCAGCAAGUCCGGAGAGGAGGACGUGCGCAUCAUUGUCGACGCAGUGUGCUCCACGUCCUUGCCGCUUUUUCAGACUUUGACACUGAAUAACCCUCGGAACGAGGAAGGUGGGCCUCCGACCACGGCGCAGAUGGCAGAGCACCCGCGUCUGCAACUCCUCUCGUUGACCAACAUUUACCUCGCCCCUUCCGUUCAUGGCAGGCUGAGCACCUUGAAAGUCAAUUUGUCGGGUAUAAAGGACUACCUGAAGCCGUCUCUGGACGCAGUUCUCCAACUGCUAUUGGGUAACACCCAGCUUUGUACUUUGGAGCUUCGACACUGUUACCCCGCUGUCCGCCCGGGCCCAGGUCUUACGGCCCCGCGCGUUGCAUUCCCUUUCCUGUCGACAUUCCAUCUCGAGUACGCGUUCGUCGACAAUUCUGCCGAGAUCUUCAAUUAUCUCUGGUUACCCAACCUUCGAUACGCGAAAGUUCACGCGCAAUUCCUUGAUUUAAACUCGACCUUGGACGUUACUAGGCGUCUACUGGCAUUCUCCAACUCACGUAGCCUUUUCAUCACGGCGCCAGGGCCACCAUACCAUUGGGCAAAGCUGCGUCGAUGGGGUAAGUUCAACCUCGAGCCUUUGGCAGUUGAGUUGGGUAUUUGCCUGGCUGUGAAAUCAUCUUCCCGCACGUUGGAGCGUCCAGCGACAUUCGUAAUUGAACAGUACUAG